GUUAGUUGUGAAAUAUGUUGAAAAAACGGAAAAUAUGGCCUGAUAAUUGCUGAAAUUGAGAAGGAGUUUAUUGUAAUAUUAUUCAGUUUGUACACAAGAAUGAACAUCUUGGGAGUUUCCAUUGUUUUAUACUUGUCAGUAGGAUAUAUCGUAUGCUCUGAUGAAUUAGCUCAUGAUCUAAAACCAUGUCCUGGAGUUUACUGUGGUCGUGAAGAGUUGCCAGAUGGGACUUGGAGCAACUGCAGUGCAUGCCCACGGGGCUACAGAAGAAAUAAUUCAUCCCCUUUUUCUGCAUGUUCUCAAUGCAAUGAGAGCCCAGUUUUCUAUGACUGGUUGUAUCUUGGCUUUAUGGCUUUAAUUGCACUAGUUCUGCACUGGUUUUGUAUAGAUACAGUGUCAAUGAAAAGGAGCUUCUGCAAGGAAGUCCUGGUUCUGCAUGUGUCAGCAUUCCUUGAAAUUGUUGGUGCAGCAGUCUACACAUUACUAAUGUCUCGUCCCAUAGGAUCACUUCAAGUUAGUUCCUGCAGAGCAGAAAAUUUGUCGGACUGGUAUACUUUGCUCCACAAUCCCAAUCCAGAUUAUGCUGAAACAUUGCACUGCACUCAAGAGGCUGUGUAUCCUUUGUAUACAAUGGUAUUCAUAUUCUAUGCAAUGUCAGUGCUGUUGAUGUUAGUUUUUCGGCCAUGGCUAGCUCGCAGAUUCCUUCCCAAAGAUGGAAAAAUGUCUAUAUAUGCAGCACUCUACUUUUUUCCAACACUCGCUCUCAUACAUGCCAUAUUUGGAGGUCUGAUAUAUUACUCAUUUCCCUAUAUUGUUAUCAUUUUAUCCGUUAUUUCGAAUGCUGUGCACUUUGCUUUCAAAUUGGAUCAGUCAAUGCGGUACUUGGUUGUCAGCACUGUCACAGAAGUACGUAAUGGUGUGAUUUUGAUAGGUCAUUGGCUGCUUCAUGCAUAUGGAAUAAUUGCAAUAACUCAGCUCCAGGAUCCAGUUCUACACUCCUCUCUUGUAGCAUUGGUGCCUUUACCUGCAGUGUUCUACAUCCUGACUGCCAGGUUUACUGAUCCCAGCAAACAUCAUGUAGAUUGAUGUAUAGAGCAGCAGGUUACAUAAUGUGUUUUGCAUUAAUGUUCCUUGCAAAUACAUGAGAUGAAUUUUUGCAAACUUUAUUUAUCCUGAACUUAGUAUUUUUGUUACAAAAAAGCUAACACUUUAUAUUGUAAAGGAUGCAGUAACACAUCAUGAAAAAGGUGUAGCGCUUUAUUAACAUUUAUUACCAUUUAUUGCUCUUGUAUACCAAAUGUGCAUAUGAUGUAUGAAUUUUGUGUUUUUACUACGUGAAAAUGGUAUUGAUCUGUGUUAGCUUAUACCUCAAAAAAAAUCUCGUAAUACACACUGCUGCCUCAUAUUAAGAGUGUAAGAAUAUGUCCCAAAUUUCUUCCCUUGCCAGUAUGUAUUAUAUAUGAAAUGUAACCUGUUGCUACAUUUCCCAGUUACCACGUUUGAAAAGUGAUGCCAGAUAAAUGAAAAAUACUUCUGUGAGUAAUAUAAUAAAAUGUAUGGUUUUUAUAUGAUGGAUCAUAA